UAAUUCAAACUGAAAGCAGAGGAGUUUUCCUGUGUGUCAUUGGGUGUGAAACUUGAUGCCAGUGCGCCUUGGUACAGACUGUUCUGCGUUUCACAAGCGUCUUUUUGUCAAGAGCUGAAUCUGCAGAGAACAUGGGGAAGACUCUGGUUGCCACAGACAUAGCACAGCUUGGACAUGAGGCUACGUCAGCCCCUGCAUUGUAGUCCAGCAGAGUAAGGAUGGAGUGGUUGUUCCAGAGGUUAUGUUUCACACUAUGUGCAGACUGUCUGUACUUACAGAAGAUAUUUAAAACCAAACAGACUUUUUUGCAAAAUUUUGAUUCCAGUGGAAUCUGUGCUUUAGGUUUUUGUCUUGUCAAUUAACUCCUGAAGCAAUGCCUGUACAAGCUCCACAAUGGACGGAUUUUCUCUCCUGCCCGAUUUGCACACAGACUUUCGACGAAACCAUCCGGAAGCCCAUCAGCUUGGGCUGUGGCCACACUGUCUGCAAGAUGUGCCUCAACAAGCUCCACCGUAAGGCAUGUCCCUUUGACCAGACCACUAUCAACACAGACAUUGAACUCCUUCCUGUGAACUCAGCCUUGCUGCAACUUGUGGGUGCUCAGGUUCCUGAGCAGCAGCCGAUUACUUUAUGCAGUGGAGCUGAAGACACCAAGCAUUAUGAGGAGGGCAAGAAAUGUGUGGAAGAAUUGGCAUUGUACCUCAAACCACUCAGCAGUGCAAGAGGUGUGGGUCUUAACAGCACUACCCAGAGCGUGCUGAGUCGUCCCAUGCAGAGGAAACUUGUGACAUUAGUCCACUGCCAGCUGGUGGAGGAGGAAGGGCGCAUCAGAGCCAUGCGUGCAGCACGGUCACUGGGUGAAAGAACAGUCACAGAGCUCAUCCUCCAGCACCAAAACCCUCAGCAGCUCUCCUCCAACCUCUGGGCUGCAGUGAGAGCCAGAGGCUGCCAGUUCCUUGGGCCAGCCAUGCAAGAGGAGGCUCUAAAGCUGGUUCUGCUGGCUUUGGAAGAUGGAUCUGCUCUGUCACGAAAGGUCUUGGUUCUCUUUGUGGUGCAGAGACUGGAGCCACGAUUCCCUCAGGCUUCCAAGACUAGCAUUGGGCAUGUUGUCCAGCUCCUUUACAGAGCCUCGUGCUUCAAGGUGACCAAGCGAGAUGAGGACUCCUCCCUGAUGCAGCUGAAGGAGGAGUUUCGGACGUACGAAGCUCUGAGGAGGGAGCACGAUUCGCAGAUAGUUCAAAUAGCGAUGGAAGCGGGGCUGCGCAUCGCGCCAGACCAGUGGUCCUCGCUCCUGUAUGGAGACCAGUCUCACAAAUCCCACAUGCAGAGCAUCAUUGACAAGUUGCAGACCCCAGCCUCGUUUGCACAGAGUGUUCAGGAAUUAACUAUUGCUCUUCAGAGGACUGGUGAUCCAGCUAACUUGAAUCGUCUUAGACCUCACCUAGAGCUCCUAGCAAAUAUUGAUCCCAGUCCAGAUGCUCCACCUCCAACAUGGGAACAACUGGAAAAUGGACUAGUUGCUGUGAGGACUGUGGUUCAUGGCUUAGUUGAUUAUAUCCAGAAUCACAGCAAAAAAGGAACAGAUCAACAACAGCCCCCUCAGCACAGCAAGUACAAGACAUACAUGUGCCGAGACAUGAAGCAGAGAGGAGGAUGUCCCAGGGGGGCCAGCUGCACCUUUGCACACUCACAGGAGGAGCUGGAAAAGUUCCGUAAAAUGAACAAGCGUCUCGUUCCCAGAAGACCCCUUAGUGCCUCCCUGGGCCAGCUGAACGAGGUGGGCCUGCCUUCAGGAGCUAUCCUCUCAGAGGAAGGGGGAGUGGACUUGCCCAAUAGGAAAACUUCUGCUCUGCCAAAUGGAAUUGUGUCAACAGGCAGCACAGUGACACAACUGAUUUCUCGAGGGACUGACUCCGGCUAUGAAAGUGCCCUGAAGCCGGGGAAGAUGGACCACCUGAGUAGCAGUGCCCCUGGAUCCCCUCCUGACUUGCUGGAAUCUGUUCCCAAGAGCUCUAUUUCUGCUUUGCCAGUGAACCCUCAUCCUGUGCCUGCUCGGGUGCCAGCAGAUCUGCCCUCGGUGUCUGUCACCAAGCAGCUGCAGAUGGUACCACGAGGGUCUCAGUUGUACAGUGCACAACAAGCAGAUAUGUUUUAUCAAGACCCCAGAGGGGCUGCCCCGUCGUUUGAGCCAGCACCCUACCAGCAAGGAGUGUACUACCCCACUCAGUCCAUGUCUCGCUUUGUCCGACCUCCUCCCUCAGCGCCUGAGGCGGGCGCGCCGUACCUGGAGCACUACGGGCCGUACCUGCCGGAGCGGGUGGUGAGCCCGCAGUACCCGCAGCCGCAGGGCUACCCGGCCCUGGCACAGCCCAUGUACCCCCCGCACUACGACGGCCGCCGCGUCUACCCGCCCGUGCAGCCCUACCAGCGCGAGGACGUGGUGCGGGGCAGCCCGGUGCCCAUCGACAUCCCGCAGGCCGCUGUGCCCCUCUACGUGCCCGAGGCCAGAGACAGAUACCAGCAAACAGAGCCUUAUUGCCCAGUGGCUCCGCAUCUUGGUCAGAUCAGACCUUCGUGCCACAGGCCUCAUGUCAGCCUGGAUGAACUUCACCGACGAAGGAAAGAGAUCAUGGCCCAGCUGGAAGAGAGGAAGGUGAUUUCUCCACCUCCUUUUGCACCAUCACCAACCUUGCCUCAUCCUUUUCACUCAGAGGAGUACUUGGAUGAAGACCUGAAGGUAGCUGGGAAAUACAAAGGAAAUGACUACAGCCAGUACUCUCCCUGGUCCUGUGACACCAUCGGCUCCUACAUUGGAACCAAAGAUGCAAAACCCAAAGAUGUCGUGGCAGCAAGGAGUGUGGAGAUGGCGAACGUGGACAGUAAAGCCAUGCGUGAGCAGCGACUGGACAUGCAGCGCCGAGCGGCCGAGGCGGGCGACGACGACCUCAUUCCGUUUGGAGACCGCCCGACGGUGUCGAGGUUUGGGGCCAUCUCCCGUACUUCCAAAGCCAUGUACCAGAACUCUGGGCCCAUGCAGGCCAUGGCAGUUCAGGGAGCUGCCACCAAAUCCAUCAUUUCAGACUACAGUCCUUAUGAAACCCACGGUGGCUGGGGAGGCUCUCCAUAUUCUCCUCAUCAAAAUAUACCUUCUCAGGGACGUUUCACUGACAGGGAGAGGCUGUCCAUGUCGGAUGUGGCUGGUCAUGGGAAGCAGUUGCCCUCAGCCGACCGAGAGCAGCAGCUGCGCAUGGAACUGCAGCAAGUUGACCACCAGAUCAGCCAGCAGACCCAAAUGAGGGGGCUGGAGGCUGUUAGUAACAGGCUGCUGUUGCAGAGAGAGGCGACUACCCUGGCAGGCCAACCACAGCCCCCACCCCCACCUCCCAAGUGGCCUGGGAUGAUCUCAAGUGAACAGCUGAGCUUGGAGCUACACCAGGUGGAAAGGGAAAUUGGGAAGAGAACCCGUGAGCUGAGCAUGGAGAGCCAGUCUUCACUGGAUAUGAAAAACAAGCUGGGCACCACUAAACAGACAGAAAAUGGACAACUAGAACCACAAAACAAGGUUCCAGCUGAGGACCUUACACUGACAUUCAGCAGUGAUGUUCCGAAUGGAUCAGCUUUGACCCAAGAGAACAUUGGCCUCCUGUCAAACAAUAUGGCAUCUCUCAGCCUGUCAGAGGACCCCGAGGGAGGAGGAGAUGGCCAUGACUCCCAGAGAGGGGGAGUGACACCCACAUCUGCUCCAUGAAGCGAGGCCAGCUCACCCUGGAGUUCCUUCUGCUGGGGUGUUGGCAGCUUCCAUCUUGUGUUUUUUUCCAGGGAUGAUUGGAUAAACCCAGGAGCAGCAGUAGUAGCAGAGCAGCAGGUCCAGAGGCAAUGUGCACAAACACAACUACUAGAAACAAAUCCUGCACAUAGUUCACAUUAACACAUUUUUUAAUUAAAAAAAUGAAAAUUAGCAGUAUCUGCAAGCAAUUCAAAUUAAAUUUGUUUUUGUUCUGUGAAUGAACUUUAUUUUAAUAACUUUGGACGCCUUGAAUCCCAGGGCUUAAAAAAAAAAGAUAUUAUAUAUAUAUACUCUGUUUGAUUAAUUGUAUGAUCUUAAUGAAGUAGGUUUUCUUUUAUUUUGGUAUUAUUACAUACCCAGUGCAUAAUUCCUUAUUACCUUACUAAAACAAUUUGGCCACUUCCUUGUAUGGUUUAAGGGUAAACAAGGAAUGAGGGUUGGAGAGUAGCUGUGAAUUGCAGUGUCAAAAGAUGUGCAGCAAACUUCAUGCUUAACACAAUUCCUCCCAUUGUGGCCAGGAACUUAACCUGAGCUUCUUGCUUCAAUUGCUGAAUUUAAACUAAAAAUGGCAGAGUCUUUGCAAAGGUGUGGUCCUUUUUAAAAGCUGGCAUUAAUUAAGGUCUGUGUGUUAGAAUCUGACACCUGAGUAUCAACCUGCAGCUUGUCAGGGCUGCAGUGAAUCCACCCUGGAUUCCUGUUUCAUGGGGGAAGAGUUGCACCAAAGUAACCACUGAAGGUGCAGCACAGAUCUUGCCACAAGUAUUGAGAAGUAAACUUUGCCUGAUGGAUCUAAUACUUCUCCAAGUAGACACAUGGUGGGCAUAGGCCAGAGAAACCAUAAGUGUCUUUUGAUUAUUUUUUUUAGAUUAAAGAUUUUGUUCUUGCUGCACAUUUUUUUUACUUUUUUGGCAUACACUGAGGUAAGAUCCUGCAUAUGCAGACCUCUUGAGAAUGAUUUUUCAAGUGCUGCUCCCUCUACCUUCUUGGCCUGUCCUCAUUUUUUCUUUCUGGGUUAGACUACUAAGUGGGAAAGCACUGGUUAUGUAAUAAAUUACUGCAUUGCUUUGGUUGGGUAAAGCAAGAGUUAAUAAUUUUCUUGGGUUUUAGUUUUUUUUUCCUUAACCUUAACUCCUGCUGAGGUUAUAGCAACCUUGGGCUAAGCUUUGCAUUCAUCAUACUGUUAAAUAAAACAAUAGGGGGGUGGGAGGGGAUACAGUCUCACUAUUGCCUACCAGUAGGAGAGUCCAAACAGAAGACUCUUUUGAGUAGCAAUUAUUUAAUUUGCCCAGUCAAGGCACCGCGUUUAUAUACUAUUUCACAUUGAAUUUGAUUAUGCCCUACAGACCUGGCUGGUCAAGGAUUUGAUACACAUAUUGGCUUGGGAUUCGAGCUUUCUUUUUUAUUUAAAUAAAAAUUUAUAUAUAAAUAUAUAUAUACAUAUAUACAUAGUUAUAUCUGUAUAUAUAUUGGGUAUGUUUUAAGAAUUUUUUCGCAUGAGCGCAGCUGUUGUGAUCAAAUGUCUGGGAGGUAGAAGCACUGAAUGAAAAUAAAAACAUUUCUCAGCACACCCCCCCACACUUUCCAUGUGUCUUAACACAGGUUUAUUUCCCUCUUAGUUGAACUUUGGCCUCUUAAUUGCCUGGAGUAGUUUGAAGCUUGCUUUUUUCUAACGCCUCUUUUAACUUUUGGCAAAGAAUCAACUUUGCACUGAAACAGCUUCAUCUCCCCCUGCCCCUCUUCAUCUGUAUCUCCUACUUGAAGCCAAGCAUUCCAGCCACUCCCCUCAGAGCUGAGCAGAAGUGGGGUGAUGAAGCUGGGAGCCUGUCAGGUCUGCUCCUCCCUUCUCAGCUCUGGGCAUGAGGAGGAUGAAGGUCUUUUCCUGGCUGGCUGCUUCCAAGUCACCUGGCACAGGCCCUGGGCCCUCUCAUCCUUCAGUGCAGAGCACCACCCUCAGGUCAGCCUUCUCUUAAUUUGAAUUAGUUGGCUCCUUCCUGCUGUGUCUUUAUUAACACAGGGAGCUCAUCUUAGUCAAGAUAAUUAGUGCAAUAUUCUAAUCUAGGAGGACAAGCCCAGAAUGUGCCUUUUUUUGACUGUAGUAAUUGUGGAUGUAAAAUUAAUUUUGAAAGGUGGUUAUGCUAGAUUGGACAUUACAGAUUCAUUUGUAAUUCUAGGAAGAAAAUCUAGAGGGGCAAAAACCUCUUUACCUUUUAUUUCCUAGUUCCCUCACCAGGUUAGGGAUUAUUCUUUUCUCCACAUUUUCUCCUGGAAUUCUUCAGUAAGCACUAUUUAAAUUGCUGGCCUACAUAUGAAUGCUUCCAAAAUCUGUGGAUUAGAAGGGGGACCUUACUGGGUUUUUUGUCUCCUGCAUCCAGCUCUUUGUGCUGUACUUUGUGCAUAACGUCCUUGUUGAGAUCAGUGUGUCCAGGUGAAUGCCCUGUUUGCCCAAAAUUAUAGUUUGGCUUGUUAAAUAGUUUGCUUAGUAUCUACUAACAGUAUUGAUUUUCGACUUUGUUCCAUCCCCUCUUCCUCUUAAAUCUUUUCUGCUUUUUUUGCAGAAGUUUAGUUGAUUAAACAACUAAAACAGCAAAAUGCAGUGCAUGCUCUUAAGUUUUUUUCUGGAAACUGCACCUUUGUGGAAAAACUGGGAGACCCUGGGGGACAGCUAGCUCUGUAUGUAGUGGCAGCAUUGAUGUUUACAGCUAACAAGCAUGAAAAUGUCUGGAGUGACUCUGUCUUGCUAAACUCACUCCUGUAGCCCAUCAUUGUCCCAGUUGUACAGGAAUUCUGGCCACCUCAGUGAAAUUUGUCUUGGCUACCAAGUGGUUUAGUUCCUUCUGUUGGGCAAGAAGCAGUAUUACCAUGGUGUCAGGUGCAUCCUUUGGUAGGUGGGUUAAGUUUUGUGCUGCACCAGACAGCUCUGGGUUUCAGCCAGAUGGACAGCAUGGACAAACCUUCAGAAUAGGAAGCUUCAAGUGGUAGGUUGAGCUUCAGUGUGUCAGUGAUUCAGUCAGUAUAUAGAUGAUGUCUGUUUAUUCUGUGGUGUUAUUUCCCUCCUUCUGUCAACAUCUCAUCUGUCUGUCCUGUGACCUAGUUCUUUUUUCUUACUAACAGAAGUUUAAACUUUUUCUUCUGCCCUUCUUGCAUGCUGUCCUAUUUUAGAGUAGGACUUUUUUUUCUGUAGAUCAGAGCACCUUUCAGGCUAGCAGCACUUUUAUCCCUGUUCUUCUCAAGUUCUUCUCUGUAUAGUUUUUUCUGAGCCGUCUCUCCCCUUUUUGUGUCUCUUUCUCCUGUGGCUUGCCCAUCCACCCUCCCUGAUUGUGUAACAGUGACAGCUUGCUGCCUCAAAACAGAGCAUUCAAAUGAAUUCGCUUAGCCAAUAACUUCUGUGAAGUUGCCUUUUCUAAUGGUGUUAUUACUCAGUGAUGCACAAAUGUGAUAUUGCCCCUACUGGUAGGCAAACAGGGGAUCUGUAUAAACAUGGUAAACUGCUGUUUUUCUUUAAAGGAGAGCCAAAGACUUGUGCUUUACACUUUUUUUCCCCUGGUGUAGCCAUUUUGAUUGUCAGACAUUUGUGUAGGGUAUUGUGAGUUGACUGUAUUAUCCUAAUAACAAUUUCCAGAAGUUAAUGAUUGUCAAGCCUUGCCCAUGCAUUGAAUUGUGAAAAAUCAUUCCAUUUAGUCAUACAAUUUGCAAUGUACUGAGAUAUAUCUGAAGUGUUGUGAUGUGUUUUCAGUCUCUCAUGCACUCUCUCAGCUGACUGAAUGGCUCAUUUAGAGAGGGAGAAGGAAGAAAGAAAUGUUAUAAUCCAAGAAGCCUUGUUUUUAAGUGUUUCUAAAUUGAAUACUGAUUGAAAAUUUCUUCAGUUACAGUAAAAGAUCAAUCUGUGUUACAAAUGUGACUGACUUUUAAGUCCACUGGGAUGGAAAAGAUUUGUGAAACACUAGCAUUGCAUUAAAUUAGAUGUGGAAGAACCAAA